AUGAUCCUGAGACUGUGGCAUGUCGGUGUCUACUGUAAUAUUACUACAGAACGACCGGUGCGUCAGGAUUUACUGGACAGAGGCAACCAACUUGUCGUAAACGCGCAGACAUUUGCUCAACAGUUAUAUGAGAAAGGCAAAACCGACCAGUCCAGUGAUGUCAGCCUUAAAAGUACAGCCGCUGUAUAUUGUAAUGCCGUACGGGAUGACCCGGUUCGUCAGGACUUACUCGAUAUAAGCAAACUAAUGGUCGAAGGGGGCAAAGCAUUUGCCGAGGAGUUAAAGGAGAAAGGUCAAACUGCGGCAUCGACCGACGUGAGUGUGAAAUGUGACCAGGUCAGUCUGGAUCGGGACAGUGUUGCCAACUCUAAAAAUGUCCACCCUGAAGAUUUACAUAAAUUCAACCCCAAUAUCCUGGAGAAUCCUGGAGGAAUACUCUUUAUCGGUGUGUACUGUAAUACCACUACGAGUCCGGUACGUCAGGAUUUAAUUGAUGAUGGUAGUCGCCUGGUUGAGAAAGCAAAACUAUUUGCGCUACACCUAAAUGACCAAGGCAAACCAGACGAGUCUACUAUUGUCAGGUUGGCGGCUGAUCAGGUGACACUGGAUGUGGACAGCUGCUACAACAUUGUCCUAGAAAGCAAUAGGUACCAGGUGGACAAGGUAUUUCAGCAGGUACUGAACAACGUACCAACGAUUAAAAUAUAA